AGCUAUGACGAAAAGCAAUUUCACGUGUCAGAGAAAGUCUUAUAGAACUAAAAUGAACUGUUAUUGUUAAGCAACUUAUUUCCAUGUGGUUAUUAGAAAUCAAACAACGUUUGUUAAACUGCUUAUGAUACGCAGAAAUAAUUAACCUGGAUUGAGUCCUCGGAUCUGAGGAACCUUGGGGUUGCUAGUAGGGACUACGUACUAGCAACUUGCUAAAUACUAGCCUGACUCGGCUGUGAUGUGAACCCUUGAAGAUUUUGCUCCAGACGGAUUCCCCGUUUUACUCUCAUAAUGCUGAGGUUUUCUUGUCAAAGAGCACUCGGUCCCUGCGCGCUCGGAGGAGCGCGUGGAAGCAUGAGCUUCAGACGGCCUGCGCUGUCACGCGCUCAGAAAUGCUUCCUCGGGACGCACAAGCAUAAAGAGAAGCUGGAGCCGCUGAAUACACCUCGAGGAGCAAAAGACUUUAUCUAUAGUUUGCACCCCACAGAGCGGAGCUGCUUACUUAAAGAGUUACAGAGCUUCGAGUCCGAAGCCAUCGCCCAAGACCACGCCCCCUUUAGCAGAAGGGUCAGCAGGCACAGCAUGCAGGCUGAGGUGACUGUGGAGAAACUGGAGCCUUCGCCCCCGAAUGCCAGCCAGCUGAGAUAUGUGCUCCUUCACAAUGCCAUCCCCUUUAUCGGCUUCGGUUUCCUUGACAACGCCAUCAUGAUCGCUGCAGGAACCCAGAUUGAGAUGUCCAUCGGUGUCACGUUUGGAAUAUCAACCAUGGCAGCUGCUGCCUUGGGGAACCUGGUGUCAGACCUGGCUGGACUUGGGCUUGCAGGUUACGUGGAGGCUCUAGCUGCCAGGUUGGGCAUGCAGAUUCCUGAUCUUACGCCUAAACAAGCAGACAUGUGGCAGACCAGACUCAGCUCACACUUGGGGAAGGCCAUCGGCGUCACUAUCGGCUGUCUCCUUGGUAUGUUUCCACUCCUCUUCCUCAGUGAUGAGGAUGAAGAAAAAACAAAGAACUCUCUGCUUUCUACUCCCUCAGACUCUAAAUAGGUUUUUUUUCUGGGUUUUUUAAGAUGUUCAUUGAUAAUGUCAGAUUAACACUAUUCUCUCAUGCAUUUUAUAUUAAUAUGACUGAACUCAAGUCUCAACUGCAAAAAGCUGGGAGAUUUACAGAGUUUUAAUUACAUACUUGUGUGUGUGUGUAUAUAUUGUAUGUAUAUAUAUAU